AUGGAGCUUCUUGUACAACCACGCCGUGGUUUAUCCGCGGAUCUUAUUCGUCACGCUUCAGUGGCCACAGAAACCUCUGUUUCUUAUAUGGCCCUAUCCACGGGUCCUCACGGAACAACUGAGGAUGUCAGCAAAUAUGAAAAUGCCUUGUUGAUCGCCAGCGGAUUUGGGAUUGCCGCGAAUCGAUUGGUGAGUACGCUAUGCAGUUAUUCCUGCGAACACCCAGCUAAUGAGCCAGACAUGACAAGUGCGGCCCAAGGCCUGCUUAAUGAUCUCCUCGAUGACGAUAUUAUAGACGAUGGUUAUAUUCUCAAUGUAUCCAUAUACGUGAGAAAUGGCCUUGCACAUAACAAAGUCCCGUUUGGGGAGCACGAAACAUUUUGUCUCUACCAGGGUACACCCAAUUACGAAAGUAUUGUUUCACUCGAGGCAUCUGGGGAUCAGAUUGAAAGGCUGCCAAACAUCCGGGAAGAGAGAGGUCGGACGCUGGUUGUGGUCUCUGCAGGAGACGAUAUUCGAGACCACAUACGAGAGAUUGUACGAGAAUACUUCCAUCAGGGUGUACAUCUUUCAGAACUGGAAUACCAGCCUAACGAUGGUUAA